AUGCUCGUGUCUCCGCCUCCAGGGGCCAAAUCCCCCUGGCCGACUGGUCGAAAGCGCCCGGCCAUCGAUACACCGGACUCGAUCUUCAGCUCGGCCUCGAAGAAGUCUCGCCCUCCUCCCCCUCCUGCUCCCACAGAUGAGGAUCUUCCUCGCUUCAAGCCGGAGGAUGACCCUGUCGAUGUCCCUCUUAAGGGCUUCAGCACCGUGGCCAGCCUAGCUGGUCUCGGAUUGGACGAUGCUUCAGUUGCAGCACUCUUCGUCAAUCAGCCUUCCCGUCGGGCGGCGGCCCAGCGAGCCAGCUCGCUGAUUGCCUCCUCGUGGCCGGCGUCUCUCAGCUCCGCCGACUCCCUAGAUGCGGGUGUGAACCCUCCCGGGCGUGCGAGCUCGCGUGGCAAGGCGCGUUCGACCUCUGCUUCUGGCACUGCGCCCCGACGCCGGGCAUCCAUCGUGUCCCAGCGUUCAGCUCGACACUUGCCAGGUGACUCGACGGAUGAGGACUUGCAGGCCUUCGGGGGCCAGCAGCGAGAUGUCCCCUCUCCAGGGCAAUCUUCUCGCCCGGAGUCCGACGGCGCCCCCCGGCCCCAAGGUGACCGGUGCUCACCGCCUGCAUCCCAACCGGACUUGGACCCUACCUGGCCGCCAGCUAGCGCGCUGGUCAAGCCGGCGAGGUCCAUGUCCCUGCCACCCCCGUCGGAGGCAUCUGCCCCGAUCUGUGAUAUGCCUUCUGGUGGCGAGCUUGAGGUGGAAGACCUGUCUGACUUUCACCCGGGCACUCGGGCCGAGAUCACCGUCACCCCGAAUCCCGAUCCCAAGGGAAUUUUCCGUUCCACCACCCCGCUUCUGGUCCAUGGUGCGGCGGGAUCUGGCUGGCCGGCAGCCGCUGAUGCUGCAGCGCUCCCCUCCUUCCGGCGGGUCUUUGCACAGGCAUCGAUGGCGGCAUCCUGUUCCUCGACUUCGGGCUCCUCCUCGUCCUCGGCCUUGGCCUCUUCCUCGAGCACCGUGGCGCAGGCUUCUGGCGAUCAUGGCAAUGCCGCCGAUGGAGGCCCGCACUAUGUAUCUGUCUUCCCUCGUGCUGCGAUCGGCUGUGGUGGCAGUCCGAUCACCAGUCUCAGCACCACAGACGGCCACACAUUGGCUGUUCCCUCGCAGCUUCUCUCCACGAGUGGUUUCAAUCCCCGCAAGGAUGUCCGUGACGACGGAUCAACACAGCUGCUGGUGGAGCGAUUCCCCGGGGCAGCCCAAGCUGUGGAGGAGCUUCUGCGUCUCAUUGGCCCGGAGCUGGCUCCCAAAGACCGCCUGACCCCGGCAGCACUGGCCUUUUGGAGGCCUUCCUCUGCUCUGGAGGCCUCGCAGAACACGACGCUCUUCCGAUCUGUCUCAUUGGCCCGGAGCUGGCUCCCAAAGACCGCCUGA